CGCCAUAACUAUUUGCAUGAACUGUUUUCUGCAAGCCUCUCCUGGAGUGCAUAGCUUACCGCUGCCAAUGGCCAACGAGUAACCAGUGAGGGUGAGAAAGAGAACAGACUGGAGGGAAACGCAGUUUGCUUCGUACGAAAGGAAAAUUACCAGCCGGACGCACCAAGUGACAACCUCCACAGCCACAGUGUAGUGAAUCCCCAACACCGCAGCGAGAAUGGAGCUGCCCGCCGCGGGAGAACACGUCUUUGCGGUGGAGAGCAUCGAAAAGAAGCGGAUCAGAAAGGGUCGAAUACAAUAUCUGGUCAAGUGGAGGGGGUGGUCUCCUAAAUACAACACGUGGGAACCAGAAGAAAACAUCCUGGACCCAAGACUUCUUGUGGCUUUCCAAAACAGGGAGAGGCAGGAGCAGUUGUUGGGGUAUCGCAAACGGGGCCCCAAACCCAAACACCUCUUACUCCAGGUUCCCUCUUUCGCGCGGAGAUCGAGCAUCUUUUCCGGGUUUCAGGAGGCGUCGCUGAACGAGGACGGUCAAAAUCCGAAAUCCGGUCCGGUCCAGUUGCACCGACCUCAGAUGCAGCAGUACCAGCUGAACAGCAAGAAGCACCACCAGUAUCAGCCCAACUACAAGGAGUGCCAGGCGGAGCAGCAGGCAAACGGGAAGAAAAAAUACUACUAUCAACUGAACAGCAAAAAGCAUCACCACUACCAGCCAGACCCCAAGAUGUAUGACAUACAGUACCAGAGGGCCAAGGGUCUGGAGCCCACCAAUCAGGGGUGGAACCUGGCCUCAGCCCUGCAACAGAAGUGGGUCCGUGACAAAGACUCGGGCUGCUUGAGGAAAGUGAAAGAUCUCCCGAUCGGGUUGAAGAAGCUGCCGACCCACCUCGGUGCCAGCGAGCCAGCUCUCAGCCCAGAUGCCAAGGAAGCCGUCCUGCCCAACGGGGUUGGCAGCAAGAUGAAAAUCGUGAAAAACAAAAACAAAAACGGACGGAUUGUGAUCGUCAUGAGCAAGUACAUGGAGAACGGAAUGCAGGCCGCAAAGAUCAAGGACGGGGACCCCGAGGGGAUUGAGAAAUCACAGCAGGUGGACCUGUCGGGAGACGGCAGCGCGGAGACACUACUGGACGGAAACAAGUUCGUCAAAAGACAGGCCCUGGAGAGUGAACCUAUGGACACUGGUGCGGAUGACCUGCACGUUCGCGCCUCGGGACCAAAUAACGGUCAGUUGCCUGAGGAGAGAGCGGGAAACUCUCCGGGGGCAAAGAGUGUGGCCGAACAGAGCCAAAGCGAGGAAGCGUGUCCGGAGGAGCUGUCCGACGAUCAGCCCCUGCAGCUGACCACCAAACCCAACCUGACCCCUUGGCCCACUGAGACGGGCGUCCUGUCCAGGCUGGACCAGAGGGGGGAGAAGCUGGCCCGGAACGGGGCCCCCGCCCUCAAGCGUCACCUCUCUGCACCUGAGGAGGACCGGAGUGGCUGCAAGAAGUUCCUGAGCUCCAGGAGCAUCAGCACCCCCAGCACCGUGCCCUCCACGCCCCAGACCAACCCCGUAGCCCUCAGUCCGAACGGCCACCUCAGCGACGGGCACCAUUACGAUUUUCUGGACUCGAAUCCAGAAGAGCCCAUUGACCUCAGCUGCGUGAAGCCCAGGGUUAGGAUGAACUCGCAGACGGAAGCCGUAGGUCCGGCGGAAGAGGAGAAGGAGCCACCGGCUACAUCUGAACAAACGGAGGAACCCCCUCCUUGUUUUAAGCCUUUUAGGGGGAACAUUAUCAUCACAGACGUUACGGCCAACUGCCUCACUGUGACAUUUAAGGAAUACGUCACCAUUUAAGCUUAUUUCAGGGGAACAGAAUACUACUGACUUUUGUGAAUUUGUACAAAAGAAAAAAUCUAGUUCAUCGCAAAAGGGUGUGAGGGAUGUAGCCUUGGAACAAAAGCUUUACACUUGAGCUCUUUGACUACAAGGUCAUAGAUUCUAAGGACUGGUCCACACAGUUUUCAUUUUGCAUCCACCAGUGUAAAAAAUGAAUUCAAAUGAAAUCCUUACUUCAUGCAACACACUGUAAUUGUAUGAGAUUGGGUAUUGUUGUGUAGAAGACUAUACUGAACUAUAAUAGGCAACCUGUUAGGCUUACAUUUUUCUAAUGCUUAAUGGUGUCUGUUGUUUCUAAUUGGUUGCCAUGACGCUUGGAGUGAGGUUUGGUUGUAUUAUGGCUCAGACUAAACAGCACUUACUGGUGUAUAUACUUUUUAUGUACUUUGGUAUUAUUGGAAUUUUAUAUGAUUUCCAUUUGGCUUUAACAAUCUUUAUUACUUUUAAAUUAAUGUCAAGAAGUCAGUCAAAUCAGAUGCAGUGUAGAUUAUGCAUAUUGUAUUGUAUCUUUUGUAUCGUUUCAUAUUUAGUGAAGGGGAAGGCAAGAUUACAAUACAUGUAUUCUGAGGGUGCCUGUCUGUUUGUGCGACAGACAAAGAAGUACAGCUGCGAUGUACAGACGCACCACUGGAUGCCAUUGUUUUGUUUGGGCAAAGUGUUUUGAAAAAGCCUUUUGGGAUUUUUUUUUUCCAUUUAGAAAAGAUCACAGAUAUAAAUCCGUGAGCUUGGUCAAAUGUGUAAACCCCAGAAAUGAAGGAUCUAGGCGUCAAAGUGUACCUGCACUAUUCUGUGGGGAGUGGGAGGGGGGCGGGUCUCUUGGGGUGAUAGUUUUUGGUGACAGUCCAUCUUUACAACGUAGGAUGAUUGAGGGCCUUGCACUGGUCAGUUCCUGGGUGAGUCUACUAAUGUAAUUUUACACUUGGGAGAGACAGUUCCUCAGUUUUGCUUUGACAGAAAACUACACAUUCUAACUACUAUAGGAGUGAUGGCAAAGCUAUACCUGGUUAUUCAGCAGAUAUUUUUAUUUUAGAGGAAAAAAUUAUAUAAAGGGAUAUGUAGGUUGCUUAAUAUUUUUAGGGUAAUGCAAUCUGUGAACUAACCUAUUUAAUUGAGAACAAUGGCUAAUUUGAGGUGUCCUGCUGAAGCGGGGGGGUGACUUUCCUUUAAGCUCUUUAUUAAAACUGCUUGAAUGUAACACGGGGUGUUCGAUUGGAGCUCUGCAGGUUGCCUUUAACUUUCAAAUAUAAGGCACUUUUAAUGUUCAGUCUUUCCACAAUAUUUGUUUCAGCAUUGAAGUUAAACGUUUAAGGCGAGAACUGUCACGUUCAGAAAAGUUAAGACCGAGACGUUUCUGUUUCGGUUCGGUCGCUGGCAGAGCUCAGAGUGUACAGUGUGGUCAGUUUGAUCGAUUUUUCUAAAUCCUUGAAAAGUGACACGGCGUUCAUGAUAUAAGAGGACUUCAGUAUUUUUUAAAAUUCUGUUCACGUUAACAUUUUUUAAAGCAACAUUUCACGUUGCGAAAUUUUCAUUAACUUUUUUCAAUAUACAUUUCAGAGUCAUAGAACUGUUAUAUGCCUUUCACGCAUCCAGUACACACAUGGCAGCACUGUAGAGUCUGUACUCUUCACUCUCAGAAGACAGGGUUCUUUGGCUCGUCUCCAUUGUGGAACCCUUUUUACUUCUUUAUGGAACCCUCUAUGGUGGGUUUUUUUUUUUUUUUUUUUGUCCAACAAAGAACCCUGGAACUAGAUAUGGUUCCCCUAUGGAAAUGGGCCUGGAAGUGGAACCCGUCUGAGAGUGUCGUCUGGCUUCGGAUCUGCAAGAAUCAGAACUUUCCCUGAUCCAUGUUUGAGCAUUGUUUUUUUUUUUUUUUUUUUUGUUUUGUUUUUGUUUUUUGUUGUUUGUUUGUUUUUGUUUAUUUCCCCUUUCAGCAUUUGGCUGUUCAAAAAAAUAAAUAAAUAAAUAA